UCCUCGCCCCUCCUCGCCGCGCUCCCGCUCCACCCGACCCCGCGCCGCCGCCUCGCGGCCCUCCGCGUCCUCCUGCCGGUCUCCCUCCUCCGCCGCCACCCGGACCUCGCGCUGCGCCUCCUCCUCAUCCACGCCUCCCUCGGCCUCCUCGCGUACGCGCACCACAUCUUCGACCACCUCCUCCCCGCGCGCACCCGCCGGGAGCGCGCGUUCCCGUGGAACUGCCUCGUCGCCGGAUACGCCAGCGUCGGCCGCCACGACGACGCGCUCGCGCUCUACCUCCAGAUGGACGAGGAGGGCGCGCCGCGCGACGGGUUCACCUUCGAGAGCGCGCUCCGGGCCUGCUCCGGCGCCCGGUCCGCCGAGCUCGGUCGGGCCGUGCACCGCGACGCCCUCACAGCCGGCCUCGCCGCCGACGUCUCCGUGUGCGACGCCCUCGUGGAGAUGUACGCCCAGUGCGGCGACAUGGAGAUGGCGUGCCAGGUGUUCGACGCAAUGCCGGAGAGGGACGCCGUCUCAUGGAACGUCUUGCUUGGUGGCUUGCUGGGGCACGGUGGCCUCUCUGCUCAGGCAACGGAGGCCUGGAGGAGGAUGCUCGGAGAAGGGCACAAGCCCGACUCCGUCAUGCUGUCGGCGAUGCUCUGGCAUCACCCUGGUGAUGGCAAACAGGGACGGGAGGUUCAUGUCUGGGUGAUCCGUCCUUGGCUCGAGACGGAGUUAUCAGUGGCAAACGCUCUGAUUGGAAUGUACUCCAGAAAGAAUGAGCUAGGCCAUGCCCUGUCGGUGUUCGAGUCGAUGCCGGUCAGGGACCUGGCCUCAUGGAAUGCUAUACUAUCUGCCCACAGCCAAGACUUCAGAGUUCUCAUGAUGUUUUGCCGUAUGGUGGACUCCGGAGCACGGCCGGACGAGACCACCUUCAUGGCGGUGCUCUCGGCGUGCGACAAUCUAGGAUUGGUGGAGGGCGGCAUGAGGCUGUUCUCUGAGAUGGAGAACAAGUACAGAAUUCAGCCUACUGUACAACACUGCACCUCUCUUGUGAACAUGCUAGGCAAAGCAGGGAUGGUCAGAGAGGCAUACGAUCUAAUAAUAAAGCAAAUUGGGCUUCUGGUCGUCCGUUGUGGCAUUUUUGCACAAAAGCCCCUGUCGUUUUCAGUAAUCAACCCGCACUCCAGAAGAAACGGCGGUGGCUCCACCAUGGCCUUCAGCACGCCUCCACAAGGCAAUGGAGGUUGGAUGCGGUGGUGGGCGGGAUGGGAUGCAUCUACUCGCAGGGGCAAGGCCUUCGGCGGCCGGCUCUGGGCUAGCUACCAGUGA